AUGGAAGUGGAUGAUGCACCUGAUUUGACUGUUGAAGAAACAGUUGCAAAGAAAAGGAAGAAAAAACUAACUGAAGAAAGCUUUCUUCCUUUACCAGAUGACGUAAUUGCUGAUUGCACACCAGAAGUAGCAGAAGAACUUAAAAUUUCUUAUCAACUCUUUCAAGCAAUCAUGAGGAUACCAAAGAUAGAACCUUUUCUUGAUAAGCCGAAUGAAAAUUUAUUUGGUAUGUCUACUUACUAUAAAAUCAUCAAAAAACCAAUGUGGUUGACAGAAGUGCAGAGGAAGUUACUUGGUCGAGAAUACGAUGGAAUUGGUAGCUUUGUUGCUGAUGUAAGACUGAUCCUUGAAAAUUGCUACAGGUAUUGGGGUGCGACCCACAAGUUUUCAAGAAAGGCUCUGUAUAUGGAGCAUAAACUUGAACAAAGACUGUCAAAUUUGCCUCAAUCUUUACAGGAUAAAUGCUUGGAUCCAGAAUUAAAUGCUAAAGAAGUUAUUGUGAAAAUAGAAAAUACAGAUGAUUAUUACAAUGAUGUAGAGCCUGAACCAGUAAAAGAAUCACUCCCAAUAACAACUAUAAAAGGUUUUGAAUCGAAAAUUUUGAAUAAAGUACUUGAAAGUGAAGAACCUGAAGAAAUGGCUGAUGAUUCUGAAGAACAAGCAAAAAAGGAAGCACUUAUGUUAGAUUGGGAAAAGGAAAAUUUAGUUGAUGAUUAUCAAAAAUCAAAAAUAAAUAUAACAUGGCCGCUUGUAGAAAUUGGUACUUUCUUGAAAUUGACUUGGGAAGCUUUUAAUGUUGAAGAAAUAACGCAAUACGAGAUAGAAAGGAUGCUCCUUAUGCCUAAAGAAUCCAUUACACUAGCCAAUUUAAUGACAUCAAUGCUUAGUCCGCAGAUUCAUAGAACUCAGUUAGAUGUAAAACCAGUGAUGCCAUAUGAAAUUUGGACUUCAAGAUUAAAGAAACGGCUAGAUUCGUGGUAUAACUUAUUUCACUCAACAUGUGAUGUCAUUGAGACGUUCAGUAGUUGUGGCGUUGAACCUCUCUUUUGGUACUCUGUUGGCCCCGUCAAUCCCAUGAUAGACCACAACUUUCACGAACUUUCUUUCUACAAAAGAGUUUGGAUAGUGAAAUCUCUUUGUAACAACUUAAUGCAUAUAGACAAAACCAUUCAAGGAAUCAUUUUAGACCCAAGUGUUACUAAUGAUAUUAAGCCAAUAAAAAUUUGUACUGAUAAGAAAGGAAUAAGCUAUUUCCGAAUUCCAUUUUUUCGUGAAAUUCGCAUUUACAAACAAGCAAGGUUGCCAGACACAGUUUUUCAGGAUUCAAGUGAUGUAGAAAGCACAAUUAGUAAUAUUCUAGAUUCUACUACGUUAGGCUCCACUAAUGAUAAUGACAAUGACCUAGAAAUUUUACCAAAUGAAGGAGAAUGUUCAUUGAUUGCUGAUAGCAUAGACAGUUUAAUUGAGUAUAUAGACAAUUGUAAGAAACAAAACAAACUUUUCCUUGCACGGAAUCUAUCAAAACAAUUGAGGAUACUUAAAAAAGAAAGGCGCACAAGUGAUGGCCUGAUGGCUCUUUAUAACCAGUGGCAUGAUUACCAAAAUAGAUCUCAAGAAUAUUUUACCAAUAUGCUAAAUCUUUGGUUAGCUUUUGAAAAACCACCACGGGCAUUAGCAACAGUGAAUGAGGAAGUGACUGAAGAAGUGUUAGGAAAGAGAAAAACCAAGCAAAAUUUUGACUUUUCUAGUCUUCGCUCAACUGAUUCUGAAGAGAGGUCUGAAGAUAAUGAAAGUAGUGAUGUUUCUGAUUGGGAAAAUGACUAUAUGAAAAAAAAUAAAAAGAAAGUGGAAUUGAAAAGAAAAUCUAAACAGUCGAUCAGUGAUACAAGAAGUGAAAGUUCUGAUGUUUCAAAACAUGAUGAUAAUGCUAUUGCAAUCCAUGAAGUCAGUAUUAAACAAGAAGUUUUGGAAGAUGUAAAACCAGAUCUCACAUCAAAUGGCAAUGUUCCUUAUCAACCUGCAGAAUUGGAUAAUACAGUUAAUAUUAAAUCUGAAAUUGUUCCUUUUCAAUUGGAACCAAUGGUAAACACUACUUCAUAUAACGCAGUCAAUUUAGAAAACCUGUCUGUAUCUAAUUCUUUACCCCCUGUACCUCCUGGGUAUAUGAUUGUGCCUAUCAGUUCAAAUAAUGUUCCCACGAAUAUAAAGAAAGAAAAAGAUGAUGUAAUAUGUAUUAGUUCAGAUGAAGAGAAUGAAUCAGUCAAAAAACCUUUAAACCCGGUCAAUAAUGGAAUUCCCCAAAAGGUAACCUCAGCUGUUCCGCUGCCAGUCGUAACACCUUCUCCUCAACAGCCUCCAACAAUGAUAAGAAACAGGAGAAGGCCUUCAAAGCCUAAAACCCCACUUCCUCCUCCUAUUCCUGUUGACUCAGUUCCUGGCCCAAUUAUUGUGGGUCCUGUUCCCCCUAUGCCCCAGCCCAUUCCCGCUGCUCCUGUACCUCUUCCCAUACCUACCCCUCAGCAUAUUUCUCCUAAGAGAGCAGUAACGAAUUCAAUGGGUAAAGCACCAGUACCUAGGCCAAUCCCUAUACCAGCCCCUCCUGCCCGUCAGAUGCCUUUACCUAUUCCUGAACCAGCCAUGCCUCAACCAAUCCUUGAACCUCCCAUGCCUGUACCCUUUGGUGUACAGGCACCCCAGACAUGGAGUUCACCCAAAGCUCCUGUGACGUCUCCUAAGUCCAGAGGAGGUUACUCUCCGAGAUUGAGAAGUCCCUUAAAUACUAUGGCUAGAACCCCCUCUCCCCGAGCAGCACCGUCACCUCGAACUCCUGCAAUAUCACCUCGAGCUGCUUCUUCACCUAAAACUGUUGUUUCACCUGUACGUCCUAAUAAAGCUCCAGUCAGGAAUCUCUUUCCUUCAGUGCCUACUGUUGAAGGAGUUUUGGAAAUUGGACAAAAACCUGAUGGUUCCUAUGGAUACCAUGUACGUCUUCCAGAUGGAGGAAUUAUAAAUAUGACUAGAAUAGAAAUAGAUGAUAUCAGAAAGAAGAAUAAUGGUAUUCUUCCUGUUAAGAUAGAGGUGCCUCUGUCUAAAAAUAAGAAAUUCUAA